GCGACCGUAAACUCAGCUUUUCAGCAACUAGCGUUAGCUACUCUUAUGUUGUAAAACUAAUCGUGUCGCGUGUUUACCCAUUUUAACUGGGCUGUCUUGUAACAAUGGAUGCUGAAGAUGGAUGCUCCAAGAUUAUUCCUCUUGCCUUACCUAAAGGAGUGAAAAAGUUAUGUGAACUGUGUCAAAAAGAAGCGCAUCUGCAGUGCACCAAGUGUCGGGUAACUUUUUACUGUGAUGCAGAGCACCAGCAGGCUGACUGGGUGGGGAUCCACGAGAGAAUCUGUCAGCUGCUUGUUCCCAUUCGCACCCCGACGAUCUUCAGUCUCCAGCAGGCUGGCCGCAUUGAAACCCGAAUUAAAAAGGUAGAGCUGAUUGAAAUCUGUAGGUUGGUGACUCAGGGCAAGUUGUCGGAGGGCAAAUACCAGGAGGCUCUGCCUGCCGCCCAGUUCUGCCUGAGGUGCUCCAUAGACGUCCAUGGCCCCAGUGCUGUUCAACUGGUCCCUGCUUUCCUGCAGCUGGCUGAGGCCAACAUGGGUUUGGGUAAUCUAGCUGUAGUGAUGGAGCUCUUGUCCCAGGCAGAGUGGGCGGUGUUGAAGAGCCCAGAAUGUGGCCCCGCAGUUCGCCACCAGCUGCACAGGAUCCUAGGCCGCCUCCACACAGCUACUGGAAACCUGGAGGCAGCUCUACUUCACUUUUCAAAUGAUAUAUACUUUGCCAGUGAGGCGUAUGGUCUGCAUAGCACAGUCACCUGUGGUGGCUACUUUCUCAUGGCAAAUGUGUUUGCUAAACAGGGGAGGAUGCCCAUAGUUCGUUCCUUGUACUCUCAGGUGGUACAUACUUGGCACUACCACCUGACCGAACAUCUUAGGACCCAGGUCCAAAAUGUUGAAAAUCCUGUCACGGUGUUGGAACCCUGUUAUGAUAACUCCCAGCAAGCUGAAGUGGACAAGAUGCUAAGAACCAUUUUGGAGUUUGCGCAGAGUGACUCCAGAAAAGACUCCACUCAGAUUGCGCUGGCGGCCCACUGCCUAGCCAUGCUGUGGUUUCUGGGAGGAGACUCUCUAAAGGCACUGGGAUUUGGCAGCACGGCCCUGCAGGCUAGUCAGCUGAUACCAAACCAUGACCUGACAGAGCCUAUCCAAGGCCUGCUGCAGCUGGUGAACGGUCUGCAGAUUUGACCCACAAGCUGAUUCUAACUGGUUACCAUACCUGCCCUGCCCAUCAGUGAUCUGCUCCAUCAGGCCAUCUGUUCUGUCCCACAACCAUUCGCCAUGUAAACGCAGAAACUGUUCAUGAGUAUGGGUUCAUCCCGAUGUUCUGAAUUGAUGUUGUAAGUGGAUAAUGAAAAAACACUGGGGAGCAGAAAAUAACUUCUGUACUGAAUUGUACAGAAUAAGCAAAUAAAAACCCAUUUUGAUUGUGAAAUUUGUCUCUAUUUGUU